AUGAACUUUUUUUCUGUUUUUAUUUUUUAUACAAUUUUAAUAAUUAUUAUAGUAUGCCAUAAAAAUAAAGGAAAUGCUUUAUCAACAUUUGAGAAAGUUUUCGAUAGAUUACAAAUGUUUAGUAGGGCCAAAAGGAAUUACAACAUUUUAAAAAAAAAAAACUUUUUGUUUUAUACAAAGAAAGUAUUUUAUAUAAGCCCUAAAAAUAUAAGUAAUACUAAACAUCGAAACUUCAAUGUAAUUAGAUUUAAAAGGUGGCAUAAUUGUGACGAGAAAUAUAAUAAACAGUUUAAACUAUUUAUAAAAAAUAAUUUAAUGAAUAACGAAAAAAUGACAUAUGAUAAAGAAUAUUUGUCUUACUUAAAAGGUUAUAUAAUUAAUGGAAAGGACCUUGAGGUAUCUGAAAAAGGAACCUCAAUUUAUCAAGCAGAGGAUAAUAAGAAAGAUGGUGAGCACAGUUGGGAUAUCGAAAGUGUGAUAGAUAAAGCAGUGACACAGAGAGAAUUAGAAUUGUUUGAAUUUUUGAUGAAAGUAAAUGAGCAAUAUAAAUUAGAUACUACACUUAGAGUUGUUGGUGGAUGGGUAAGAGAUAAAUUUUUAAAUAUAUCUAAUGAUGAUAUAGAUAUAACUGUUGAUAAUAUGAAAGGUUCUGAUUUUUGUAAUUAUAUAAAAGAAUAUAUUAAAGAUAAAGAAAAUAAAAACUUUAACUUUGGCAUAAUAAAAAUAAAUAGUGAUCAAUCAAAACAUUUAGAAACAUCAAGUUUUAAUUUAUUUAAUUUUCAAGUUGAUAUUGUAAAUUUAAGGAAUGAAACAUAUACAGAGGAAAGUAGAAUACCCGAAAUUGCAAUUGGAACUCCUGAAGAAGAUGCAUUAAGAAGAGACUUUACUAUUAAUUCUUUAUUUUAUAACUUAAAAAAUAAAAAGGUUGAAGAUUAUACAAAAAAUGGUAUACAUCAUUUAAAAAAUCAAAUAAUAUCAACCCCAUUGAAUCCAUUAACUACAUUUCUUGAUGAUCCUUUAAGAAUAAUUAGAUGCAUAAGAUUUUGUGGUUAUUUUGAUUUUAAUUUAGAUCAAUCUAUUUUCGAUGUUUUAAAAAAUGAGGAUAUAAAAAAAUCUUUCAAUAAAAAAAUUUCAAAAAGUAGAUUAGCAUCAGAAAUAAUUAAAAUAUUUUCCCAUAAAUGUAAAAAUAUAGUUCUUUCUUUAACCUUAUUAAAUUAUAGUAAUUAUUCCGAAGAAAUUUUUAAACUACCAUUAGAUUAUUUUGUACAGAAUGAAGAAGUAUUUGAAAAAAUGAAAAAAAAAAAAAAUCAUAAAAUAGAUGAUCAUUGGUAUGAAAAUAAUGGGGUAGUAAAUAAAAGAGUUCAUCUUUUUGAGGAUUCAAAAGAAAUUAAUCAAAAUUUAGACAAGUCUGUUGAUGAAUAUGUGAAUCAUAAAGACAGUAAUAAAACAAACCUUAGUAAAGAUGAUGAUAAUAAUAAAAGUGAAAAUUUGAAAAAUCCAAAUGAUGAUCGAAAUAUAGAAAAUGAUUGGCUUUUUGAAGGAUUAAAUUAUGUAAAAUUUUUUAAAGGAAUUGAAAAAAGUGAAUUAUUAAAACAAAUAUUAUAUGAUUUAGAUUAUAAAGAAAAUAUAAAUUAUAUACACAUGUGUUUAUUUUUAUUGCCACUAAAAAAUUAUUAUAUAUAUAUAAAGAAAGGUGUAAAAACAGAAUAUGUAAUUGAAUAUAUAAUUAGAGAAUCUUUAAAAUUCCCUUUAAAAUAUUCAAAAUUUUGUGUAAACAUAUAUGAAGGUUUUACACAUUUAUACAAGUUAUACAAAAAUAUAAAUGUUUUAGAAUUUUUAAAAGAUAAUAAUGAUAAAAAAAUGAAUUUAAAUAUAAAAGGGGAUGUUGUAGUAUUUUUAAAAAAUGUUGGAGACAAAUGGGAUUUAUUAAUUUUAAUAUUUUAUAUAUUUCAUAAGUAUAAUGAAUUAAAUAAAAAUUUUAUUAAUAUUAUAACAAACGAUAUUUAUUUAUCUGAUUUUGCUGUCAAAUUAUAUCAAUAUAUUUUAAAAAAUGAUAUUCAAAAAUCUUAUAAUAUUAAACCCUUUUUAAAAUGGCCAAACAUUAAACAUCAUUUUCCCAACAUCGCCCCAAAUCGAAUUAAUGAAGUCUACGAACAAAUUAUUCAUUUUACUUGUAUCCAUGGAGAAAAGGAGGAAGAGUGCAUUGAGUUUUUAAAGAAGCAUUUUAACAAACCAGAGUAA